AUGUCCCUAACGGCCAUAUGCCAGGACAACGCAGCCGAAACCGCAACGCUAGCUCGAGAAGUCAAUUUGUACCUCGCCUCCCUCCGCGACCAGUAUCCCACGCAGCUCGGCUUCUUCGCGAGUCUCCCUUCGCCCGCCGAUACAACCCGCUGUAUCGAGGAGAUCCAGUACGCGCUGGACAUCCUCAAGGCUGAUGGGGUGGCGCUUUUCACUAGCUACAGCGACAAGUACCUCGGACACCCUGAUUUCGAGGCCGUGUGGCAAGAACUGAAUACCCGGAAAGCGGUUGUCUUCACGCAUCCGACGAUGGAGGAUAGGCAUAAAUCUAUUGUGGAGCCGUUUACGAUUCCCCGGCCGCUGCUGGAUUGGCCGCAUGAGACGACUAGGAUGGCUGUGCAUAUGAUCCUAACGGGUGCGCUGCGUCGGUAUGCGAGCGACUGUCGGAUAAUCCUCUCGCAUGGGGGCGGGACGUUGCCGUUUGUUGCAGAGCGGAUGGCGAAUCUUGAUACCCAGACGAGGGUAUCUGGGAAGUCGGCCGAGGAGUUUUUGGCUGAGGCGCGACUGUUCUAUUUUGAUUUGGCGCUUGUUGGGCAUGAGAUGUCGCUCGGGCUUGUGUUGGAUUUUGCUGCGGAUGGGCAUGUUCUCUAUGGUACGGACUUCCCGUUUGUGAGGGAUGAUACGGUUGCGAGGCAGUGGGGGGCUGUUGGGGGUGAGGAAUUGGUUGCGAAGACGUGGAAGACGGCGCAGGCACUGUUUCCGCGUCUAAACCAUUGA